AUGGCGGGCGAUCGAAGCCGCAGCCGCAGCCGCAGCCAUGCGCAGAGUUCCUCCUCCUCCGAGGCUGCUUCCGAAGUGCCGCCGGCGAGACAAAGCUCUUCCACGGCCUCCGACGACGACAUCGAGGACUGUGAGGAGGGCCAGAGCCUCCAUGCCAUUCGUCCCGGCGUCCUGCUCUGCGACCGCUUCCGCGUUCGUGGGCGGCUUGGGACAGGAGCGUUUGCCACCGUCUGGCUCUGCGCUGACGAGGAGCGAGAAGAGGCCGACUUCGACCUUGUGGCUCUGAAGGUGUACAGGGCCGUGGAUCGCUACCAGCUCUACGCAUCGGAGGAGAGCGGUCUCCUCCGCGAUGCGGCGGAGCUUGCAGAAUCUCGUCCGCCCUCCUUGGUGGGCCUACUGGGGCUCUUUCCCCACCAGGGUCCGGCAUGCCAGCAUGCCUGCGUUGCCUUGGAGCUCCUGGGCCCCUCCGCACUGGAGAUGGCAGAGCGCAGCCGAAGUUCUCGGCUUCCGUUGCCUCUGCUUUGCUCCGCCCUGCUGGGUGGACUCCGGGCUCUGGACUUCCUUCACAGGGAAUGCUCCAUCAUCCACACGGAUGUCAAGCCCGAGAAUAUCCUCAUCAACAUUCCGCCUCGCUCGGCCAUGCUUGACAUCAUGAGGAAGCUGCCCUUUGGCCGUGCCGAGCGGAUUCGUCUCAUGGAGGCGGCGCUCCGGGAAGGUGCAUCGGCAACAUUCUGCCUGGUGGACCUGGGGAACAGCUGCACCAGGGAUCGCCAUGUCUCGGUGGACAUCACCACAAUGGAGUACAAAGCAGUGGAGGUGAUGCUGAAUGCGGGCUACGACACCGGAGCUGACAUCUGGUCACUGGCAUGCACGGUCUACGAGCUAGCCACUGGUCGCUACCUCUUCGAUCCGCGGCGUAGCUUCGCGCGGCCGAAAGGGCUGGCAGCGCGUCCUGCUCUGGCUAACGGACCGGAGCACAUCGCCCAGAUCGUCGAGCUGUCUUUUGGAAUCCGCCGCGUGGCCUUUCCAGUCUGCGGAUGGCUCUGA